UUAGGGGUCGCGUGUUGUAGGCCUGUUGUGGUGCUGAGAUCUGUAUAUAAGGCUGCGUAUCUAAGCAACCAGCAUCAGUAGUGUGCUCUCCGGCUACACUGACCACAAGCACUGCUAAGCAAUAGGAACGAUGAGGUUGUUGGUGCUCACGGCGUUAGUCGCCGCGGUAGCGUCGAGCCCGCUCACCCAGAGCAAAACUUGGCCCUGGCAAGUAGGCAAGGACUAUCACUACAAUGUGAACACGUUCACAUGGACCAAAUAUGACAACAGCAACAGCAACGGCAACGCUUUCAAGGCUGAGUUCAUCAUCCGUGUGUUGGCACCUGGCCAACUCAUGGCUAAGCUAAACCAGCCUCUGUACGCGCAAAUGCAGUCGGAGGAAAUCACGUACAACGUGGCUCCCUCCGACCUCAAGUACCAGUCCGUUCAGAUCACUGACGAGCCCAUCGAAAUCUUCGUCGUAGGAGGACGUGUCAAGUCCUUCAAAGUACCUACAGGUCUUUCUGUUGCUCAUGAAAACUUGUUCAAGGGUCUGAUCAGCGCUCUUCAAGUAGACUUGUCAACUUUUGGCCAUGUCCACGACUUCCCCAACAGCUUCGACAAGGACUCCUUCCAAGGUCUGUUCAAGAAGAUCGAAACUGACGUGACUGGUGAGUGUGAGACUCUGUACACAGUGUCGCCAGUUUCUGCUGAAUGGCGUCGCGAAUUGCCAAACUUUGCAUCUGAGGAGGAUCCCGUUGAAAUUGUUAAGAGCAAAAACUAUGAUUCUUGCAAGAAACGUGCUGCAUUCUUCUACGGCGUACCAGAAGGCUCUGUCUGGAAUGGCAUUGCUUACGACAAUGAGGAGAAACAGUUCAUUAAGCACACUUCUGAAUCUCGCACACUCGCGGGUAAACAAGGCACCAUCUACCAAUCAGAUGUCAUAAGCUCUGUCUAUGUAAGCCCUCUGUUAUUCGGCAAGCAAAAGGCUGAAGUGUACAGUUACGUCAAGGCUUCCCUUUCAUCCGUCGAAGAGACAACUGGCGAAGAAUGGGAGAAGCCCGAGGAAGUUCGUGAGAUCACUUCUCUCUUAUUUUCCUUGAAUGAAUCUAUGUUCAUUCCUAAAUUCACCGACCAGACCAUUGCCAAUGCCCAAAAACUGCUCCAAGACAUGACUCCUCUGCUGCAGAACCCUGACCAACUGUCGAAGGCUGACUUCCUCGCUAAAUUCAACAUCUUGGUGCGCCUUAUUGGCUCCUUGAAUGCUGAACAGCUGAACUUGUUGACUAGCAGUGUUGAAAUUGCCAAGGACUCGAAGAACAUCGCCAAGAACGGCAUGUGGAUAAUUUACCGCGACGCUGUUGCGCAAGCAGGUACUGAUGUUGCAUUCGCGCAAAUCAAAUCAUGGGUUCUUACAAAGAAGGUACAGGGCGAGGAAGCAGCUCAACUAAUCACUGGUAUUGGUGCUACUCUCAUGCCUAGCAAGAAAGUUAUUGCUGAAUUCUUUGAUUUCGCGACCAAACCCGAAGUCAUGGAACUGCAGUAUCUGAACACCUCCGCUCUCUUAGCCGCCACUAAAUUAUCUCGGUACAGUGAAGGUAGCUUGUACGUCGUUGAUACCAUUAUCCCUCGUCUUGCGCGGGAACUGAAACAUGCUGUGAAGAAUGGAGACUCCAACAAGGCUCAGGUUUACAUCAGAGUUCUCGGUAAUUUGGUCAACCCAGAGGUUUUGGAGGUAUUUGCUCCAUACCUGGACGGUACCGUUGCAGUAUCCAAGUACCUACGUAUCCAGAUAGUUGCUAGUCUCAAGGCCUUGGCUAACACUAAGAACGAAUAUGUUCGUGCCGUGCUUUACAGCAUUUUGAGAAAUACCGCUGAACCUUACGAAGUGAGAGUGCUCGCUGCUCUGAACAUCUUCAUGGCUUUCCCUACCGCUGAUAUGAUGCAAGUAAUGGCACACAUGACAAAUGAUGAUCCUAGCACACAAGUACGUGCUGUUCUCGCUAACGGAAUUAACUUCGCCGCUGGAUUGAAUGACCCCCGUUUUGCAGAGCUCGCUAAGACUGCCAAGUCUGUUCAAACUCUCGUUUCGAAAGAGAAAUUCGGAUACCGUAUCUCUACUGACAGCAUUAUUGACAAGUACACUGCUGAUGAUGACAUGACAUACUUUAGAGAACUGUCGUACAUCGGCAGUGAGGACAACUUCUUCCCCGUAUACCACAGGAGCGCACUGAGAACCAGAAGCACUGCUUGGACUGAAGAAAGUCAGAUAACUAUGUCCGUUACCGGAGUGCAACAGCUGCUAGAACAUAUCACACAGAUGAUUUACAAAGCCGACGAUUCUACAGUCGACGUUAAAUUCUCAGCUAAGGAAAUCGCACGCAAACUUAACAUCAAACGUGAACCGCAGGACAAGCUCGAGGGUUCUCUAUUCCUUGACAUUCUGAACCAGCAGAAACUCAUCACUUUCACCGAGGCCGACCUCAAUGCCUUCAUUGCAAGCGCGGUCAAGAAUGUGCAACAAAUGCUCAAAGGCGUUGAUGUACAAUACACCAAGGUAUUGAACCAGAAACAAACUUACGUAGUAUUCCCUCUGGCUGCUGGUGUACCAUUCUUCUUCGAAUACGCUGAACCACUAAUCAUUUCCUUCAAUGGCCAAGUGAAAAUCAAGGUUGAUUCUAGCGCUAAGGAACUAACUGGAUCUUUGAACAAAAAUCUGAACAUCGCCUAUGCAAGAAACUUGGCUGGCAGCGUUGGUUUCCUGGACACUCUUGGAGACGUAUAUGCCACAUCUGGAGCUAUCAACAAGAUUCAAUUCCACAUCCCCCUGAAUUUGAACACUGUUGUAGCACCUGGACAGAUCAAAUUGAACUUUGUUAUGCCUGAAGAAGAUGCCACCCUUAUCCACAUGAGUGUUUGGCCAUACACCACUUUGCAAAAGACAGACUCUGUGCUGACUGUUGCUGAGAACCCAACAACUAAGUUCGUUGAACGUGCAGCCAAAACAGUUAACACUGACUUGAAAUUAGGUUACCUAACUAGGGUCUUCUUCACUCUGCAAGGAUAUUCCUACUCAUCUGACUUCAAAAACAUGAACACUCUUUUCAACGGUGACAUUUUGUCAGACGUUGCCGAGUCGCUGUACCUGAAGGACGUUGCUUUGACUCAAUUCGACUUCAAAUACUUAGCUAAGGAAACCAAAAACAAGGAUGUCACCUUCGAUUUCUCCUACAAAACAUUGUUCAACCAAAACGAGAGUGGUGAAAUGGGACCAGCUGCUAUCUUUGAAGAUGUCUCAGCUAACAGCCAAGCUCGCCGUGACGAGAUUGUCAAGCGUGCUGCUAAGGGCAUCGAAUCUGCUGAAGUCCAACUUUACGACUUCAGCGCUGUAUUCAAUGGUGAAAGCAAAGUAGAGUACGUAUUCACUGGUGCUGUCGCCGAGAGCUUUGUGGACGACAAAGCUCAAGCAGCUCUUUUCUUCAAUGGAUUGAAUCAAGUCAACAUUAUGUACAAGGAAGUGAAACCUAAAAUCGCCCCUCUUAACUUUGAAGAAGCUUUGAAGAACAAAAUUGAGGUUACCUAUGAAGCUGAUCUGAAAUACGGCACUUCCGAUAAUGUUCACAUCCAAGGUACAGGUGUGCGAAGCGAGAAGUACACAGAACUUUUGUCAAAGGAUCCUUUGGCGAAGCAAUGCCUGGAAGAAUCCAAAGAAGGUAAUACUUACCAGAAGGACUGCUACAAGAUGAUCAUGAAGGCACACGCUCCUGACUUCUUCAAAUUCAACGUAAACUACAAAUACCUUAGCCCUGGUUACCUGGACUUGUCAUACAGCACAUACGAAUUGUUCAAACAAAUGAAUUCUUGGGAACAGGAAGAGGACCCGAUGAUGAGAACUGACGAUGGUAUUUUGGACGUUGAGAUGCAGGCAGACUAUUACGAUAACUUUGUAAACUACAAAUUCAUUACGAAGGUAGGAACGGUCAGUUUCAACAACGUGAAAGGCUUGGCCUACUACCCGUACUACAUGGCUUACUACGCCCCCACUACUAACUGGGAACGUGCAUACAACUACUACUACGGCUACCAAUACAUGCCUUCUUGUGCUGUGGACAGCAGCAAGGUUCAGACCUUCAGUGGCCGCAGCUACGACUACAGUCUGACUGGUUCUUGGCACGUGGUGAUGGUUGAUGAAUCCAACGAAUUCAAAUCGACUGACUUGGUCAUCCUUGCGAGAAGGCCUAGCGAGAAUCAAGAGGAGGUCUACGUCUCCUACAAGACCGAAAGUGGCAAAUACGUUGAGCUGGACAUCAAGCCUACGAAGUUUGAAGUUAAGACCAACGCCAAGGAUGUUUCUGAUGGCAAACUGACCAUCUACUGGGAUGAGGAGAAGGAGGUUCCUCUGCUGCAAUACUACACCCUCACUGACGGAGUUACGGUGUUCAAUAUUAACAAUGGAGCCAUUCGUCUUGUGUACGACAGCCAGAGGCUGGUCGUUUUUACCGACAAGCACCGCAAGACCACCAGGGGUAUCUGCGGACAGAGCUCAACUCAAACCCGUGACGACUACAUGACUCCUUACGGUCUAGUAGACCUCCCUGAAUACUACGGAGCCUCCUUCUCAUUGGAAGGUGAAGGCAGCGACCCUAAGACCGUGGAGCUGAAGGAGGAAGCCAAACUGAAGGCGUACCAGCCUGUCACCAAGUACACCAAUGUUCUUCGUUCUGAUGAUGAGUGGAGCAAGGCUAAGAACGAGUCUUAUACUAUGAAGUUGUUAGUGUUGACGGCGAUUUUCGCCGCCGUCACUUGCAGUCCAGUUAGUGAGAGCAAUACAUGGCCUUGGCAAGUAGGCAAAGAAUACUCCUACAAUGUAGAAUCUUAUACUUGGACCAAUUAUGAGAAAAGCGACAGCUAUGGCAAUUCCUUCAAAACUCUAUUUAUGGUUCGUGUGCUGUCACCUGGCCGCUUGCUCGCUAAGCUAGAGAGCCCAAUGUUCGCACAGUUCCACGACCAGGUCACCAGGGAAGAAUGGCCAACUGGAUUAGAUUACAAUCCUGUUGAGAAAUUUGAACACCCAUUUGAAAUCUUCGUCCAAGGAGGACGUGUCGUUUCUUUGAAACUUCCAGAAUCACUCUCUGUACCCAAUGAGAACUUGUUGAAAGGUCUGAUUGGCGCUUUACAAGCAGAUCUAUCAACCUAUAAUCAUGUUGAUGAUUUCCCGAACAGCUAUGAUAAAGAAAGCUUCCAAGGUUUAUUCAAAAAGAUGGAAAGUGACGUCACUGGUGAUUGUGAGACACUUUACUCAGUAGCGCCGGUUUCUGCUGAUUGGCAUCGCGAAUUACCAGACUUUGCUGAAGAUCCUAUAGAAAUAACUAAAAGCAAAAAUUACGAUUCUUGUGCAAAGUUUGUUGACUUCAAUUUUGGUGUCCCUGAAGGUGCAGUAUGGAAGGGAUUGGCUAUUGACAACGAAGAAAAACAGUUUAUUAAGCACACAACUGAGACACGUUUGCUCGUUGGCAAGCAUGGCACAAUUUACAAAUCUGAGAGCUUUGACUCUGCUGUAGCAAAUCCACUUUUAUUUGGUAAACAAAAGGCGCAAGUUCACAGUUACAUCAGCUUUAAUCUUUUAUCAAUUCAACCAGAAAGUUCCAAGGAAUGGGUUAAAUCUGAAGAGUAUCGAACAGUUGACUCUUUAAUCUUUAGGUAUGACCCUAAAACUAUAAUAAAGGCAAGUGAAAAAUAUAUCGCUGAUGCACAGAAAUUACUUCAAGAAAUGACUCCUUUACUGCAAGACCCAAGCGUUCUACCCAAGUCCGAUUUCCUUUCAAAGUACAAGAACCUUAUUCGCUUGAUUAUGUUUAUGAGUCCUGAGCAACUUGCUCAAUUGAACAAUAGCAUUGAAGUUGCAAAGUCAUCGAAAAACGUGGCUAAAAAUAACAUGUGGAUAAUAUACCGUGAUGCUGUUGUCCAAGCAGGCACUUAUACAGCUUUUCAAGAAAUUAAGAACUGGAUCCAGUCAGAAAAGGUUAAAGGUGAUGAGGCCGCGGAUGUUAUAAGUUCUAUGGCCAGUGUACUUCGUGUUCGCACCAAGAAAGUUAUGAGCGAAUUCUACGAUUUAGUCAUGAGUCCAGAGGUUCAGAAGCAAGAGUACUUUAACACAACCGCACUCUUGGCUGUGUCAAAGUUCAUCGCAUCGAAUGAAGACGACUCAUUCCUAAAGGAGAAAGUUAUUCCACGACUAUCCGAAGAACUGAAAAAAGCUAUCGAAAUUGAUGACAAAAACAAAGCUCAGGUUUACGUGAGGGUUCUUGGUAACUUAGCUCAUCCGGAAAUUUUAAAAGUUUUCGCUCCUUAUCUGGAUGGUCAUGUGCCAGUUACAAAAUACUUACGCAUUCAAAUGGUUAUCAGCCUUAAGUCUUUGGCCAAUACUAAGGACAUACAUGUACGUGCUGCACUAUUCAGCCUUUUGAAGAAUACUGCUGAGCCUUACGAAAUCAGAGUUGCUGCUGCUCUGAAUAUUUUCCUAGCCUUCCCAAGUCAUGAAAUGAUGCAAAUAAUGGCGCACAUGUCUGGUACUGACCCAAGCACACAAGUUCGUGCAGUACUGACAAACGGCAUUACUUUUGCCGCUGGUCUUAAAGAUCCACGAUUCACGAAACUCGCUAAAACUGCAAAAUCGGUCCUGUACUUGUUACCUAAAGAAAAGUUUGGCUAUCGUUACUCAACUGAGAGCUUGGUCGACGAAUAUACGAGUGAUGAUGUAGCAGCGCACUUUAGAGAACUUUCGUAUAUUGGAAGUGAGAAUCAUAUUCUUCCAGUGUACCAAAGGGGAGGUCUGAGAUUUGGAAGCACUGGGUGGACCGAAGAAGAAUGGUUCACAUACUCUGUAUCGGAUAUGAAGCAUUUGAUGAACUAUCUGAAUGGAAUGUUCGUUCAAUUACCCGAAAAAAGUUAUGGAGACGUUAAAUUCUCAAGUAAAAAGAUAGCUGACUUACUAAACAUCAAGCCUAAGCAUCGUUGUUAUCUCGAGGGCUCCUUCUUCCUAAACAACUGGAACCAGCAAACGCUGUUAACUUUCACCCAAGAUGACCUUGACUCUCUUCUCAAAGAUUUUGUAAAAGAGACAGAAAAGCAACCAAAUGAAAUUAAUUAUACCAACCUCUUAAGGCAGAAACAGGUCUUUGUCACUUUCCCUCUAUCUACAGGCAUGCUUUUUGUAUAUGACUACAGCGAGCCAACUGUUGUGAAGAUGCAAAGUCAAUUGAAAGGCAACGUCGAAAAAGAUUUUUCGAUAAAUUCUAAUUUUGACUUGAAAUUAUUAUAUGCUAGAAAUUUGGAUGGUAGCAUUGGAUUCUUUGAUGCGUUUAGCAACUUGUACGUGAGCUCAGGUGUUAUCAACAAAUUCCAAUUUUACAUUCCAUUAAAAAUGAGUGCAACAUUGCAAUUGGGAAAAUCUAAAUUGAGCCUUAAAUUCGAAAUGCCUGAACAAAAUGUCAAUUUGAUGCACAUGAGUGUAUGGCCUUAUAUUUCACGUUACGACCUUUAUUCACCGGUGACCGCCUUGCAAUGCCCAUCAACUAAGUUUAUCGAGCGCUCGAAAAAAGUUGUUUCUGCUCCUUUUAAAUUCGGUGAGAUCACUGGCACCGUCUAUGAAUUGAGCGGAUUCUCUUAUUCUAAUGACUACAAAAAGCCACUCAGUUUGUUCAAGGAUGAUUUCCUUACAAAUGUACGCAACUUGCUGUACCAGAAGGACGUUGCCUAUACUUCAUUUGACUUGAAAUAUCUUGCCAAAGAAUCACAAAACAAUGCAGUGGUGUACAACAUAUUAACUGGUAUAGGGCACAGUGAGGGAGGUACGAGUGAAGAAAUAGAACCAGCAAAGACCAUGGUAAAUGUCACAUUACCCGGCCGUUAUGAGGAGAUAGUUAAGCGAGCUUCUGCGGGCAUAGAAUCUGCAACCAAAAUUCAAAUCCUUGACAUUAGUGUUGAGUUUGAAGGAAAAAAGAAACAAGAAUUUGUGUUGACAAGUGCUGUUGCUUAUGGUUCGGCUGAAAGCAAGGUUCAGGCUGCUUGGUUUAUAAAUGCUGGUGAACAAAUUAAUGCUGUCUACAGAGUGAUUGCACCUCAAAUAAAUCCAUUGAACUUUGAGGAGGCUCUCAAGAAUAAAUUCAAAAUUAAAUACGAAGGUGACUUUAAAAUUGGCAAAUACGACAAUAUUCACUUCAAAGGUUUUGAGGAACGCAGUAAGAAAUACACUGAACAAUUACGAAACGACCCGUUAGGAAAACAGUGUUUAGAAGAAACUAAAAGAGACAAUAUCUACCUGAAAGAUUGUCACAAAAUGAUCAUAAAAGCUCACGCUCCUGACUAUGCCAAAGGAACGUUUACUUAUAAGCAACUGCCAACUGAAUGGAACAAGUGGUUUGUUUCUGUUUAUGAAUAUUUAAAAGACUUGUACAAUUGGGAUGAGCAAGUAGACAAGUUUAGGACCGUCAACGACAAUACAUUGGAAAUUGUUUCUGAAGCUUUCUUCUACGACCACUACAUCAAUUAUGAAUUUUCCACCAAGAACGGAGUGGUAAAAUUGAACAACGUGGAGAUUUUGCCGUAUUACCAGUACUUCACGGCUAACUACGCGCCUAUUUCUCCCUGGGAACGUUCCAGAAACUGGUUUACUGAUUACCAACACUUUCCCUUCUGUUCUGUGGAUGACAACAAAAUCAAGACGUUUAGCGGUCGCGAAUAUGACUACAGCGUGACUAAUGCUUGGCACGUGGUUAUGGUCGAUAAGGCCAGGGAAUUUGAUAAUGACAUAGUAAUUCUCAUGAGAAGAGAAAAAGCAAAUCAAGCAGUGGUUUAUGUUUCGUACAGGACUGCACACGGUCAAACUGUGGAGAUUGAAAUCACACCGAAAACAAUUGAAGUUACAACGAAUGCAACACGUACUACUUCGGCCGGAAUCACCACCUAUUUCAAUUUGCAAAUGAACGCUCCUAUAUUGGAGUACUAUACCAUUGCCCAUGACACUGAAUUCUUUAGCCUUAACAAUGGGCAAGUUCGUUUCAUGUACGACAACCAUCGCCUUGUUAUUUUCACUGAUGACCACCGCAGUUCCACUUGGGGCUUAUGUGGAAUGAGCACAUCCCAAAUCAGUGAUGACUAUAUCACUCCUUUUGGUGUGGUCUACGUCCCUGGUUACUACGGAGCAGCUUUUGCUCUGGAUGAAGAAUGCAGUGACCCUUCAACCCUGGAACUGAAGAAUAAAGCCAAACUGAAGGCGUACCAGCCGACAACUAAGUACACCAACAUUCUUUGGUCUGAUGAUGAGUGGAGUAAGAUCAAGAAUGAAUCUGUUAAAGGAGCGAAAUCUUUUAGACAAAAGUUUACGGACAGCCAGAGAAUCAAAAAAGUAAAUCCAUUCAAGGUUUGUUUUUCACAAAAAUUAAUAAACUUGUUAAAAAUAAUAAUUUUGGAUUCGAUAGCACGUUAUCACAAUUUUGGCGAGGUUAGGGGUCUUCUAACUUACCUAACAGGGAAUGAUAACUGGUAUAAAACCAGGCACACAGGUCUCGUGGAUCAGAAGUGUGCUCGACUGUGCUACACUGAACACGACCAGAGAAACUCUUGGACUAUGAAACUUCUAGUGUUGACGGCGAUCGUCGCCGUCGUCGCUUCGAAUCCAUUAACUGGAAAUGCUAAAUGGCCCUGGCAAGUAGGAAAAGAAUACGUCUAUGAUGUUAACACUUACACCUGGACCAAGUUCGAGAAUAGCAACAGCAAUGGCAACGCUUUCAAGUCCCAGUUCGUGAUCCGCGUCCUGGCCCCUGGACACCUUCAGGCUAAAUUACAAAACCCCACACAAACCCAGAUCCAAGGAGUUUUGGAUAUCAACAAGGUUCCUUCUGACUUGAAAUACGAACCAGUUCCGAAAAUCGACGAGGUUUUCGAAAUUUUCGUUGAUGGAGGCCGAGUGCUCUCUCUGAAAGUACCUUCUUCCCUUUCAUCGGCCGAUGUGAACAUACUCAAAGGUCUAAUCAGUGCCCUCCAAGUCGAUCUGUCUACCUUUGGACAUGUGGACAGUUUCCCCAACAACUUCGACAAAAAUACCUUCCAAGGUCUCUUCAAGAAAUCGGAAGCUGAUGUCACAGGCGACUGUGAAACUCUAUAUUCCAUUUCUCCAAUUUCUGUGGAAGUACGUCGUAGCUUGCAAUCGUUUGCUGAGGACCCCAUCGAGAUCACUAAGAGCAAGAACUACGACUCUUGCAAAAAACGUGUCGGUUUAGGCUUUGGUGUCCCAGAGGGAGCCGUCUGGAAUGGACUCGCUUAUGAAAACGAUGAAAGGCAACUCAUCAAGCACACUUCUGAAUCACGCAUUCAUGCUGGUAAACAGGGAACGAUCUACAAGUCGGAAACGUUGGACACCGUGUUUGUGAACCCUCUCUUGUUCGGAAAACAAAAGGCUGAAGUCUACAGUUACGUUGGUCUUGUUUUGUCUUCUGUGGAGGCGAUUGGGGAAACUGAAUGGAAGCAAUCUGAAGAGGUCCGUGAAGUUGACUCACUUCUGUCAUCUGAAGGCGCUGAGAUAUUCUUCAAAGUGAGCCCCGAAAACGUUGUCAACGCCCAAAAAGUUCUCCAAGAAAUCACUCCGCUGCUGGAAGACCCUAACAAUCUGCCCAAGUCAGAAUUUUUAUCAAAAUUCAAUGUUCUGGUUCGUUUCAUCAUGUUUAUGAAUUCUGAGCAAUUAACUCAAAUGACUGACGGCAUGGAAGUUGCAAGGACUUCGACUAACGUAGCAAAGAACAAAAUGUGGGCUAUCUAUCGUGAUGCAGUUGCCCAAGCGGGAACUGUAGCUGCCUUCAAAGAAAUCAAAUCGUGGAUUCUGAGCAAAAAAAUUCAGGGCGAAGAAGCUGCUGAAGUUAUUGCAUCUGUGCCUAGCAGUCUUGAUUACUCUGACAAAGAAAUCGCAAAUGAAUUUUUCGAACUAGCUUUUAACCCUGUUGUUGUAGAACAAAGGUACCUUAACACUUCAGCUUUAUUAGCCGCUACUAAAUUCUUCCGCUCUGGAAAGGAGAACGUCUUUGUGGUUGAAAAGGUUAUUCCUCGUUUUGCCUCAGAACUGAAAAAAGCUAUCGAAGAAGAUAACAGCAGCAAGGCUCAGGUUUAUAUUAGAACUCUUGGCAACUUAGCUCACCCAGACAUCUUGAAAGUCUUCGCUCCUUACUUUGAAGGCAAAAUUACCGUUACCAAGUAUCUUCGUACACAAAUGGUAAUUAGCUUGAAGACUUUGGCUAACAUGAAGAACGAAUAUGUUCGCGCCGUACUCUUCAGCAUCUUGAGAAACACCGCUGAACCAUACGAAGUCAGAGUCGCUGCGGUUCUGAACAUCUUUUUGGCUUUCCCCACUUCCGAGAUGAUGCAAAUUAUGGCACAUAUGACUAACGAUGACCCAAGCGUUCAAGUGCGUGGUGUAAUUGCAACCAGCAUUUCUUUUGCGGCUAAUCUGAAGGACCCACGUUUUGCUCAGCUCGCCAAGACCGCUCAAGCUGUGUCGAGUAUCGUAUCAAAGACCAAAUUCGGGUACCGUGCUUCAGCCGACAGUAUUAUUGAUGACUACACUUCCAAUGACGACCUUGCCCACUUCAGGGAAUUGUCUUUCAUCGGCAGUGACGACAGCUCCACACCCAAGUACCACAGGACAGCACUGAGAUUAAGAGGCAAUGGACUGACUGAAGAAGACUGGAUGUCAUGGUCGGUUUCCGACGUACAAGACCUAUUUAACUCUAUGCUGGAUCUUAUGGUUGCUGACCAAUAUCCAGAGACAGACUUCAAGUUCUCAGCUGAGAAAAUCGCCAAAGAACUAAACAUUAAACGUGAAAACGAGCCCCUAGAAGGCGCAUUCUUCAUUGACAAUCUAAAUCAGCAAAGACUUUUCACUUUCGGUCAAAAAGACCUCCGUAAUCUUAUCGGUGAAUACUUUGGAAAAGUCAGCAAACUAUUCUCUGGAGAUGUGAACCAAUUCACAAAGGUGAUCAUAGCCAAACAGGUUGUCGUUACCUUCCCUCUGGCUGCUGGUUUCCCAUUUGUUUACGUGUACAGCGAACCCACUUUGUUCGAUAUUGAAAGCGUAGCCUCAAGAGACAAUGCUAGUCCAUUCACUUUUGAUGUCAAAUUCACUUAUUCAAGGAAUUUGGAUGGCAGUGUUGGUUUCUUGGACACUUUCAGCGGAGUAUACGCCAGCAGUGGUGUCAUCAACAAGUUGCAAUACUUUGUCCCUGCAAAGGUUACCGUUACCCCAACCCUCUAUGUUAAUGUUGAUCUUAAAUUCGAGAUUAGCCUACCUGAAAAAGACGCCAACCUUAUUCACAUGAGUGUGUUCCCUUACACAUCUCUGCAAAAAAUGCAUUCUGCAUUGGCUGUGUCUGAAGACCCAUCCACCAAAGUCAUUAUGGGCUCUACUCCAGUUCUGGAUACCGACCUAACCAUUGGCGAGUCUGCUGGUGUCAGUCUUAACCUGAAAGGACACUCUUACUCCACUGAUUUCAAGAAAAACAUUUUCGCUUCUGACCUUUUGACGAACGUUCGCAACUUGCUGUACCAGAAUGACAUUGCUUGUACGCACUUCGAUUUGAAAUACGUAGCUAAGGACACUAAGAACAAGAAAAUUUCAACUACUAUGUUGUUUGAAACAUUAUUCGACUUCAAAGGAGAUGAUGAAUUAAAACCUGCAGGCUACCUCACUGAUCUGAUUGGCAACAGCGUGAAUCGUCGCAAGAAGCUGGCUGGUCAAGCUGCAUCUGGAAUCGAAUAUGCUAAAGUCCGAAUUGCUGAUGUCAGUGUUGUAUUUGAUGGAGAAAACAAAAAAGAGUUUGUAUAUACUUCAGCCUUAGCUACCAACCCAUUAGACAACAAAGUUCAAGCCAUUAUCUACACAAGUGGUUGCGUGCCAAUCAAUGCCGUUAUCAAGAUUGUUAAGCCUAAAACUGUUCCAUUGAACUUUGAGAAGGCUCUUAAGAAUGAAAUUAAGGUACAAUAUGAAGUGGACUUCAAGUACGGAAACUCUGACAACAUUCUUUUCAAAGGUAUUGGUCAACGUAGCAAGGAAUACACUGAAAGAUUAUCCAACGAUCCUGUAGGAAAGAAAUGCUUGGAAGAGACUAGCAACAAGAACUUCUACCAGAGGGACUGUUACAAAAUGAUCGUCAAGGCACACGCGCCUGACUACUUUAAGGGUACUGUGACAUACAAAGACGUUAACCCUGUACUUCUGAAUGCAACCUACAAAAUAUACAACAUUUUCAAACACUUCACAACUUGGGAAGAGGACGAGGACCUAUUGAAGGCUACCGAAGAUGGUAAAGUGGAAAUUGAAGCGCAAGCAUUCUACUACGACAACUACAUUAACUACAAAUUCAACACCAAGUAUGGAGAGUUCCGCAUGAACAAUGUCGAGGGACGUUCCUACUACCCCUAUGCCAUGGCUCUCUACACGCCCGUUACCCACUGGGAGCGUUCUUACAACUGGUUCACAGGCUACCAAUACUUGCCUUUCUGUACUGUGGACGACAACAAGAUCUGGACGUUCAGCGGCCGCAGCUACGACUACAGACUGACUGGAUCGUGGCACGUUGCUAUGGUGGACGAAUCUGGAGAGAACGGAAACAAACUAGUCAUCCUAGUGAAGAGGGCUGGUGAUAACGACGAGGAGGUCUACGUUUCUUACAGCACUAAAUCGGGCUACUACGUGGAGAUCCAAAUUAACUCCAAGACAUACGAAGUUACCAGUAACGCUAAGAAGGUCGCCGAAAAUGCAGUCACCACAUACUUCGACGAAGUAUUCAAGGUACCGCUCGUGGAGUACUACUACUCGAUGGAAGACAACUACCAAGUCUACAGCUUGAACAAUGGAGCCAUCCGUUUCAUUUACGAUGACCACCGUCUAGUUAUCUUCUCCGACGACCACCGCAGCACCACCAGGGGUCUCUGUGGACAGAGCACUUCCCAACCCAGCGACGACUUCAUGACUCCAUACGGUCUGGUAGACCUCCCUGAGCUUUACGGAGCCUCCUUCUCAUUGGAAGGUGAAGGCAGCGACCCUAAGACCGUGGAGCUGAAGAAGCAAGCCAAACUGAAGGCAUACCAGCCCGUCACUGAGUACACCAACAUUCUCCGUUCCGAUGAUGAGUGGAGCAAGAUCAAAAACGAAUCCAUUAAGGAAUUGUAAAUACUUUACAGAAACAACGGACCUAAGCAUGUCAUACGGACAACGAUGGACCUACUUUAAAGGUUUUGUGAUAUAGUUUAAAUGAAUGAUCAACUUUUAGCUCAAAACUAGUGUAAUGAACCCACAGGAACUGAUUGUAUAUAAUGUAUAUUUAUACAUGUAUUCGUAAUUAAUUUAUUGUUAAAAAACUUCCUGAAUUAUAGAAAACAUGCAAUUUUA